GUGUAACCUAAUAAAAUUGAUCCAUCAACGCUAUGACGUCCAAUCCGGAAUUCAACAGCAACACUACAGGAACCGAAGCGGCCAAAGCUCUGGGGGCUUCAAUCAAGGGGAAGAAUGUUGUCAUCACCGGUGUCAGCCCAGCUGGCCUGGGGUUCUCUACAGCAGUGGCAAUCGCAUCCCAGGAGCCAGCGGCACUCAUCCUGGCCUCGCGGACCCAAUCCAAGCUCGAUGCGGCGGCUGUUGAAAUUGGACAAAAGUAUCCUGACGUACAGAUCCACAAGGUUUCUCUCGAUCUCGCGUCCCUCGACUCUAUCAAGGAAGCCGCUGCGCAAAUUGGUACGCUGGUCGACCGCGUGGAUGUCCUCAUCAACAACGCUGGCGUGAACUACAUGGAAAGGGAUGCCGUACAGACGCCUGGGGACACUUGGGUCGACAAGAACUUUUUUGUCAACCAUCUCGGCCCCUUUUAUUUCACCUACCUGCUGCUGCCUAAUCUGCGUGCUGCGGCGAAGCCUGGCGGACCGAAGGGCUCCACACGCAUCGUCAAUGUUAGUAGUCAUGGACAUCGGCUCUCCCCCGUUCGCUUCUACGACUAUCAGAUGUACCACUAUGUCUACGAUGGAGUUCCCGACAGCCAGAAACCCCCCAAGGGCCUUCCCGAGGGGUUUCUAAAGCUUGUCGACGGCUACCCCGGGUUCAUCGGCUACGGACAAUCCAAGACGGCCAACAUACUGCACGCCACAGAGCUCAGUCGGCGGUUUAAAAAGAGCGGGGAUAAUAUCCUCGCACUGUCUGUCCAUCCUGGAACCAUCGAAACUGAACUAUCACGGAACCUGGACGAGGAGGCGCGGAACACCAUCAAGGGUACGGCGCCUCAUGGUCACUGGAAGAAUCUCGACCAGGGAGCAGCCACGACUAUUGUCGCUGCAUUUGACCCGAAGCUGGCAGAUGUCGACGUCGGCGGUGAGGCAUUCGGUUAUAUGUCUGACUGCCAACUGGGUGACGAACACCUCGCCGAGCAUGCCAAAGACACCUACAAUGCACAGAUGCUAUUUCAUGAGAGCGAGCGGAUGCUAGGGCAUAAGACCGGACUGUAG